UGGUGGCAGGAGUGUCCAGGUGAAUUUUCUGUGUAUCUGUAUUUUGGAAGCUGUAAAGAGAAAAGGAGAUGGUAAGGAUGGAGGAGAUACAAGCUGCUAUGAAAAGCCGAUCAGCCAGACUGAAGAUGUGUGCGGAUAAAACGGAAGGAACAGAGUGGAUGGAAAGAACUGAAGGCGGACUGAGGGAACAGGUCCUGAGGUGGUUUGUCGAAACCCAGGCUUCACUCAUUCUUUGUAAUGGAAACUUCCCCACAUGGUUUCAUGGCUUCGUCCCCAGACAAGAAGCUGAAGAUCAUCUCAGAGAUAAAUCUUUUGGCAGCUUUCUUAUCAGACUCAGUGAGAAAGCCAGUGGCUACAUUCUCUCCUACAAGGGUCAAGAUCGUUGUCGUCACUUUGUUAUAAACCAGACCAAGGAGGGCAUGCUGGUAGUUUCUGGUGAUUCCAUUACUCACAACAGUCUGCCAGAGUUGCUUGAAUACUUUAAAACCACACCUAUCCAGCCAUUUGGAGAGUGUCUGAUCUCAGAGAAGGAGGUAGAGCCCCCCUCAGAUGACCUGUACGACGUGGUUCACUGUAAACCCAGUGUGAAGUCAGGGGUGAGUGUUCAGGCCCUGCGGAGUUUAUGGGAUCACCGUUGUGAAGUCACACCGAAGGGCCCUCCUGCUCUACCCCCUAAAAGUAGCACCCGCAAACUCAUCUCUUCGACCUCCAUUGACAGGAACAACAUUGUUCAGAUGAGAAACUUACCUCUUCGGAACGCCUUGAGCGGUGGACAUAUAUCACACGGCAUGGAGCAACACAGCCAGUCAGACCAGAAGUGGCCGAGCAGCACGGGGACCGAAGGACUUCAUCAAAGGCAAAGAAUGCAUGCCUGGGAGAGUGAGGGAUUCAGUUCCCUGGACUCGCACUUGCAGUGUUACUCAGAGUACGAUGACCAUGUUUCCACAUCUGACGUACAUCACAACAGCCGGAGCAGGUCAUUACCUCAUCUGGAUGAGGAUCACCAUCACGGCAGCCACACAGCUCACUCUUUACUUGCUGCAUCACCACACCUGCCCUUUGUUCUGCCCAAAUCAGGCCCAGUCUCUUCCUUGUCUCAGCUCAAGGAACAGAACCUGCCUGACCUCCCUGACACUAACCUAAUGACCUUACAACCUAACCCACUGUACCAGGCCUCCUCUGGGCUGUCUUCUGGGCCCACUAGCCACUGGGAUCCACACUGCAACCCCCAGCCAAGCAGACUGUCUGAGAUUUCCAGCAAAACCAUCAGUGAACCUCUUACACCAGAAAACGCCUACCAAGACACUCUGGAGCAUCAAAAUACCUAUGAAGACUUACCCACCAUCCAGCAAACUAACCUCGCUACCCAAGAGAACACCUAUGAGGACCUACCUGAGAUCCAGCAAGGUAACCUAUCUACCCAAGAGAAUAACACCUAUGAGGACCUACCUGAGAUCCAGCAAGGUAACCUAUCUACCCAAGAGAAUAACACCUAUGAGGACCUACCUGAGAUCCAGCAAGGUAAUCUACAAACUCAAGAGAACAACACCUAUGAGGACAUUCCAGCUACACACAAUAAUACAUAUGCAACUAUAAAGGAGCUGCAGCCCAAACAGCAGAGCUCCCUGGGAAAGAAGACCCACAAGUGGUGGAAAUUCAAACCAGAUAACAAGAAGAAGUGAACAAGCUGUCAAAGGUCCCAUGCAAAGUGAGGUGCAACUAGACAAGUGCACGUCUCAGUCAGAUGUGCAUGAUAUUAUUAUUAUUAUUAUUCCUUCUUGCAUAUGUGCAUAGUAUUUAUAAUUCAGUGUUUUGUUUAGGAAUACUAUUUAAUAAUAGUAGUUUUAAUGUGUAACAUUGCCUAUAGCUGUUGUGUAGCAGAUGUGAUGUGCUUAAUCAUUUUACUGGAAUAAACUAUUGACAUACAAAUGUUUUGCAAUAAUACAAAAAAAAUGCAAGGCAUGAAUAUACUCAAUAUGUCUUGGCAGUAGGUUAUGCAGUUUGCAGAAUAUAUAUAUAUUACACACACACACACACACACACACAUGCGCACAAAUGCCCAACUUAGAUGAACAUUUAUGUAUAUUUAAUGUUAUUUCCGGAUUGUAGAUUUAGUUUUUAGAAUAGUUUUGAAUACUGAACCAUCAGAACCCAUUUUUGACUGCCUUGAACUCAACGUGUGCAGAUGCUGUAGUUCUGUAGUUUGAAUUGCGUAUUUGUGGAGAGAAUUUAGGUCUUUUUUUUCACAGCUCUAUGAAAUCUGACACAUGUACUGUUUUUAAAUGGUUAA